AUGAGGAGAGGCGGCCUGACGUUGUUGCUCCUUGCGGUAUCGCCUCUGUGGCUUGCCGUGUGCACGGCAAGUUCGCCGCAUGGGAGCACAGCUGCGGAACCCGUCGUCAUCGGCGCGUCCCCAAUAGCGAACAAACCCGUCAAGGAUUGGUCGGUGCAAGAUGUUGCGUAUUGGAUGAACCACACGGUGGGGUAUGCGGAGUUCAGCGGGUAUGUGCGCAAGUACCUGGUGGACGGUCCAACUUUGCUGCAGCUGGAGCCGAGCGACUUUGAGGAGCACUUUCCAGUGGAGAAUGCGAUUCAGGUGGUGAAGCUGGCGGCGCACUUGAAGCUGCUAAAGGGGCUCUGCCUCUGUGCGACGGAGGACGACGCCGUCGUGGACUUCUGGUCCUACUUCCGGAGGGAGAAUUUUCGGGUCUGGGUUGUGGGAGGCACCGCCGUGUUCUUCCCUCGUCUGGCGAUGCUGUACACCUUUUUCUUUGACGACGCCCUGUACCGGCUGCUCGUCGGUGUACCGGUGCCACAGGCGAGCCUGCUCAGUGCCGCCGCGCAGGGCGCACUAAACACGUCGACGCGGACGGUCCCCUUUUCACGCACGCUGCUUUACCUACUCUCUUUCGCAGUGGCACCAGACCUCUUCGUGGCGUAUGAGGCGGCCUACCUCUGCCUGACGAACUACUUCACCAUGCCAGUCUUUGUGGUGCACUACCUCCUCCAGGCCUUAACCGAGUACACGCUUCUGUUCCAGUGGUGGAAGGGCAGCGCCUUCCUGGCGAAGAAGUCGCUUCUAGAGUUCUUGUGGGCGCGGUUCUCCUACACGCUGUUUCUGCCCCCCGCCCUGCUUCUCCUUUACGCCGUCGUGCCGUACCCGCUCCAGUCCCUCGCUGUGUACGUUGUGAUGGCGCACAACGUACUGGAGGCUAUCGGCUACUUCGGUGUCUUCUUUGAUUUCUCUCCGCCACCGAGUGACGCGGCGGGAGCCGGCGAAGAACACCACAGUCGGUGA